AUGACCGAUAUAAUAAAUAAACUUUCUGACCGACUUCUUUUUGCUAUUCCUAAGAAAGGCCGUCUUCAUGAACAAAGUCUUUCUUUACUUAAAGGUGCCGAUCUUAAUUUUCAUCGUCGUAAUCGACUUGACAUUGCUUUAGUUCAGAACUUCCCAAUUGCUCUCGUGUUUCUUCCUGCAACGGAUAUACCAAAAUAUGUUGCUGAAGGAAAUAUUGAUUUAGGAAUUACUGGUCAAGAUGAGGUGGCUGAAUCAGGAGCCAAUGAUAAAAUAGAUGAGAUUCUAGAAUUAGGAUUUGGAAAAUGUGAAUUACAAGUACAAGUACCUGUUGUAGGUGGUGCAACAAAAGUUGAAGAAUUAGUAGGAAAAAGAAUAGUUACAAGUUUUAGAAGUUUGGUAGGGAAAUACUUUGAUGAAUUAGAUAAAAAAUAUUUGACUGAAGAACAAAAGCAAGCUGGAGUAAAGACAAAGAUUAAAUAUGUAAGUGGAAGCGUUGAGGCAGCCUGUACCCUAGGUUUAGGUGAUGGAAUUGUUGAUUUAGUUGAAUCUGGGAAAACAAUGAAGACAGCAGGCUUACAUCCUGUUUCCACAAUUAUUUCAUCGCAAGCAAUUUUAAUUUGUAACAAAAACCCUUCUAAUCUUUCUCUUGUCUCGAAAAUUACUUCUCGCAUUAAAGGUGUAAUAGCAGCUCAAAAAUAUGUAUUAGUUAAUUAUAAUAUUCAACGUAUUCAUCUUGAAGAAGCCAUUAAAAUUACUCCUGGUAGACGUGCUCCUGCAAUUAGUCCAUUGGAAGAUAAUAAUUGGGUGGAAGUACAAAGUUUGGUUAGUAAAUGUGAGGUUGCAGAAAUUAUGGAUAAAUUAGAAGAAAUUGGUGCAAAGGAUAUUUUAAUACAUGAAAUUGAUAAUUGUAGAGUUUAA